CAACAAGAGGAUGAGAAUCCAAAAGUGGCACCGGGUUUUAUUCUGUUUCACCCCUUACACCCUACACUACACAACAAUCACCACACCCUCCUCCAUUUAUCUCCUUCACUUCUCUCUCUCUUCCCUCGCCGCAACGAAAUGGCGUCCCUCACGUGCACCCCCACCUCCCUCCAGCUCCGAUUGGCCUUCGCCGCCCCCAAAUUCCCGCACCCCCCGCACGUGCGAAUGCGCAACUUCAAGCUCAACCGACUUCGCCCUCUGCGCGCCGCGCAAGACGGCGUCAGCUCCGAGUGGGCCGGGCCCGGGCCCAAACUUGAUGGCUUCUCGGGCUGGUCCGACACCGACGCCGAGCAGCGGCCCAACAACGCCCCAAAGAAGGACUCGUAUGGAGGAGUUGUGGGAGUAGGAGUGGCUGGAGUACUUCUACUUUCAGGGCUUACUUUUGCUGCCUUAUCUCUUGGCAAACAAACUGGUUCCAGACCUGAGCAACACAUGAAGACCUUGACUACACAGCAGGAGGAACUUUUGUCUUCUGAUGACCAUAAUGAUGAAAUAACUGAACAAGGGAAUGUUGACAGCAUGGUGGAACAAGGAAAUGGUAAAAUGGAAGGUCAGAUAGAUAUAUCUGGGGAUUAUUCUUCUGCUGAGUCUAGUAAUUUUUACAGUGACAAUAGUAUUGUUGAUGAUUCUGAUAUAGGAUCCCAGUUGAUAUAUGAUAGUAAAAACCCCUCCGAUGGUGUUGAUGAUGCUACUAAACAUAUAUCUGUUCAAGAAGAUUUACAGGAUGAGUUAGCUUUUGGUAACAAGUUAGUUUUUGCCAGUGAAAGCCCAGUGCCACUUGAAUCUGAAAAUACUAUCGAUUCUUUUAAUGCUUAUGGAUUUAGAGAUUUUGAUAGCAACCCUAAUGUAGAUACAGCAGAAUCUACUGCGAAUCUUAAAGAAAACCUAUUCAAUGUUGAUCCAGGAGACGCGCCUAACUAUGAUGAUGCUAAGCCACUACACCUUAAUACUGAGCAGCAUGAUGAAAUAACCAGUUCAAGUGGAAGUGUCUCUGCUGAGGGAAAUGAGCCAUCCUUUGAAGAGCGGAGCGUUCCUGGAAAUGACCUGUUUGAAGAAUCAUCUAUUUCAUCAUCAGUCAAUACUUUGGUAGAUGAGCAGGUUACAAAUGAUAAUUAUGAGGUUGAUGAAGUUAAAUCUAAAUCUCCAAAUUCUGGAUCCUUUUUCUCUGUUCCCGGCAUUCCCGCCCCAUCAGUAGUUUCUGCAUCUGUACAAGUGCUUCCUGGAAAGGUUUUGGUUCCUGCAGCUGUUGAUCAAGUUCAGGGCCAAGCACUAGCAGCACUGCAAGUUUUAAAGGUCAUUGAGCCUGAUGUUCAACCUAGUGAUUUAUGUACACGCCGUGAAUAUGCUCGCUGGUUGGUGUCUGCUAGCAGUGCUCUUUCAAGGAGCACAGUUUCAAAAGUGUAUCCUGCCAUGUACAUAGACAAUGUUACUGAGCUUGCAUUUGAUGAUGUCAUCCCCGAGGACCCUGAUUUUUCUUCCAUUCAAGGCUUGGCAGAAGCUGGACUUAUCGAAAGCAGGCUUUCAAGGCGUGAUAUACAGUUGUCUGCUGAAGAAGAUGAUAGCCCAUUUUACUUCUCCCCUGAAAGUCCUUUAUCACGUCAAGAUCUUGUCAGCUGGAAAAUGGCCCUGGAGAAAAGACAGCUUCCGGAAGCUAACAGAAAGGUGCUGUACCAAGUUUCUGGUUUUAUAGACACUGAUAAGAUACAUCCUAAUGCAUGCCCCGCCUUAGUAGCCGAUCUGUCUUCUGGGGAGCAGGGAAUAAUAGCUCUUGCAUUUGGUUAUACAAGAUUGUUCCAGCCAGAUAAACCAGUAACAAAAGCCCAAGCAGCUAUGGCUCUAGCUACUGGAGAUGCUUCUGAAAUAGUUAGUGAAGAGCUUGCACGCAUUGAAGCAGAAUCUGUUGCUGAAAAUGCUGUUGCUGCGCAUAGUGCUUUAGUAGCUCAAGUAGAGAAGGAUAUCAAUGCAAGUUUUGAGCAGGAGCUUUUCAUAGAGAGGGAAAAGAUCAGUGCUGUUGAAAGAAUGGCUGAGGAGGCAAGACUUGAGUUGGAAAGGUUAAGAGCUGAGAGAGAAGAAGAUAACCUUGCAUUGACUAAGGAGCGAGCUGCUAUUGAUUCAGAAAUGGAGGUUUUUUCAAAGUUAAGGCAUGAGGUUGAGGAUCAAUUACAAAGCCUAAUGAAUGACAGGGUAGAAAUAGCACAUGAAAAAGAGAGGAUUAGCAAGCUUCGGGAACAAGCAGAAGUUGAAAACAAGGAGAUUUGCCGUUUACAAUAUGAGCUAGAGGUUGAAAGAAAAGCCCUGUCCAUGGCCAGGGCUUGGGCAGAGGAUGAGGCCAAACGAGUGAGAGAGCAAGCAAUAGCCUUAGAGGAGGCUAGAGAUCGUUGGGAGAGGCAUGGAAUCAAAGUGGUAGUUGAUGAUGACCUCCGCAAGGAGGCCUCGGCUGGAGUGACAUGGCUUAAUGCCUCAGAGCAGGUCUCGGUUCAAGGAACAGUUGACAGGGCCGAGAGCUUAUUGGACAAGCUCAAACAAAUGGCUGCAGAUAUCAGAGGAAAGUCUAGAGAUACCCUUGAUAAAAUCAUUCACAUGGUUUCCCAAUUAAUAUCAAAAUUGAGGGAAUGGGCAUGCAAAACAGGAAAACAGGCUGAAGAAUUUGGAGAAGCUGCCAUCUCAAAGGUAGGCAAGUCAGCCAGUGAGUUGCAGCUAAGUGCCCUUGAAGUUGGAUCUGGAAUCAAAGAAGGUGCUAAGCGAGUUGCUGGUGAUUGUAGAGAAGGGGUUGAGAAAAUCACCCAAAAAUUCACACAGAAGUUCAAGACCUGAUGUUUUCUACCCUCAAACAUUUUUUUUCAAGCUUAUUGGCUGUUGAGUGGCCAGAGAUGUAGUUUGCUUUGAUUUUCUUUUUGCGGUGCUUCAAUAGAGACGUGCACCAGACACCGCCAGGGACAUUGGCAGUUACUAACUUCUAAUAACUGCCUUUCGAAGAUCAAAACAUAUUCAUGUGAAGCCAUGUUUCAAAUGUUUGUAUAAUUGAUACCAGUAAGAAUUGUAGUUGAGGAAUAACCAGUCGUAAUUCAACAUGUUGCCAUGUCUGCAGCACAUCUAGAGUAAAGAUAAGCAGCAUGGAUUUUUUACAUUUGAAGCAUGCUGACUAUAAGUUGUCAUGAUCAUUACUCUCUCAGACCCUCCUUAAUAAGGAGCAUUUUCAGUAAGGGUGUUAGUAUAAUAAGUGAUUUUUUAAUUUCUUUUCUUUCUAAAACCUGGAUAAAGAUAUUGGUUUGUGGUUCAUUAUUAUCAUUGUUAAA